AGGUCGAAUAAAUCUGUCAUCAUAAAUUUACUGGGAAUUCCUUUGGCAUUUGAUUUGUGAAUAUGGGUGCAGAACAAUCGGCCGUGUUGGCCUGCACUCAGACGGGAAUCCAGGAGAAACCUCUCGAGCUGAUCAACUCUGAGCUAUUUUUCCGCUUGUACUUUGAAAAGAUGCGACAACCUGUCACGGGACCAGUAACAGAAGCGCUUUUGCACUUGGUAAACAAUUUACAAAGUUCGAGGGCUAUUGUUAAUGCUGAAGAAUCGAACCAGGAAGAAGAUAACUGCAGUGAAAGCGGCUUUAACUCGGAGUACAGCGACGACAGUGAAGUCUCGACAGCAACGUACUCCGAUGAUGUUGAGAUAGAGCCUCUGCAGAUAGCCCAAUUCGACUCCAUGGACGAAUACGAUGUGCCUUUAUACGAUUCUAAUGAGCCCUUUGUCGACACCCUGCCGCUAUUCAAUUCGCACUAA